AUGUCACUUGCCAUCCUCCCCUCUGCGCCUAUGGCUUAUAAUCAAUCAUCUGGUCCGACGCUCCUGGCGCCGUCUCCUUCGCCGGCGAAAAGGCCCAAACUCUCGUUAAACACGGCGAAUGUCCCUUCAGUCUUUGGCAAAGGUUCGACCAGUUUAAGGCUGGACACGCUCUCUGCGACAUCACCUACAACCCGAAACACCUUCAGCAAUGCCUACGACCAAGCACAAUCGCGACAGACGGUAAAUGCUCGACCAUCGAAACCGAGGCUAGCGCCACUUGCUACAGACGUUGCGAACGUCGACGAUCAGAUUGCACAAGUCGACUGCGAAGAUCGAAACGAUUCUGCUGCAUCUUCAUCGUCGACGUGUUCGACCGCCUCGACCGUCGACUUCUCCACAGCAGAAGUUCCCUACCGGGUGCCGUACAACGUCAAGUCGAUCUUGGUCAACAGUCCGAUAGCUCGGAAACCAGCUCGAAUAAUAUCAUUCGCACAAUCGAAACCGAUGUUUCCCGCCGCAAAGAAGGUCGCCUUUAAGGCUCCUUUGACCGAGGAUAUCCAGACUACCAAAUACACGAUGAAGCACUCGGACAUUGAAUCGUCGACGUCGACCAUAUCAACCCUCGAGCUUUCGCCAUCUGAAAAGACCUCGACCGUUGACGAAGACGAUGAAGACGACGAAGAUGAGAAGAGUGAAACGGUUGAGGUGGAAAAGAAGGAAGCAUCGUCACCACACACCGGCGACAAGCGAGAGUCUUCGGACGAGGAAGACGACAGUGAUUCCUGUCCUGCGACUCCCGUGGCUGGACGCAAGAAGCGCCAUCGAGACUGGCGAUGGACUCUUGACCCUAUCGGACCUUCCCAGGAUCAACAACAACAGCAACGGGAAGAAACAGACAACGUCGAUCAGCAGAGUUCUGGCGUUUGA